UGUUUGACGUCACAACUAUAAGAAGAAAAUAGUUUGCAGGAAAACAUUGUAUAAUAUUGUUCUGUAACAACUCGUUUACAGCGUUCUCGUAAAAUAUACGCGUAGGGUAUAAUAUUUGAAUAUGUCUACACCUGCUAGACGAAGGCUUAUGCGGGAUUUUAAGAGGUUACAAGAAGACCCGCCAGCGGGUGUGAGUGGCGCACCGACAGAAAAUAACAUUAUGAUGUGGAAUGCUGUUAUAUUCGGGCCACAUGAUACACCAUUUGAAGAUGGAACUUUUAAACUGACAAUAGAAUUUACAGAAGAGUACCCAAAUAAACCACCAAAUGUUAGAUUCGUUUCAAAGAUGUUUCAUCCUAAUGUAUACGCAGAUGGAAGUAUAUGCUUAGAUAUUCUACAGAAUAGAUGGAGUCCUACAUAUGAUGUGUCAGCUAUUCUAACGUCUAUUCAGUCACUUUUAGACGAGCCGAACCCGAACAGCCCCGCCAACAGUCUCGCGGCGCAGCUCUACCAGGAAAACAAGCGCGAGUACGAGAAGCGAGUAGCGGCAGUCGUCGAGCAGAGCUGGCUGAGCUUCUACGAUGAAGAUGAAGAGGGCGCCACGAAGCAGGCCGAGGCAAUGGCGAGCGGCAGCAGCUGAAGCAGCGUCAUUCUUGAAUCGCCGACGCGACGACGGCAUAGAAAUAAUUGGGUUCCCAUUGUGAUGUAAAGAUGGGGCGCGCGCGUGUGUGUAUAGGUGUAAAUGAUCUGUAUUUGUCGUGCAUGCAGAGUCAAUCGAAACCAGUGUUGUUGUUUUGUAAAACAAAAGACAGAGGUAAUUUGGUAGUGAUCUGUCGUGGCUGCGUGGUAGCGCCACCUGCGAGAAUGGGCAUCUGUCCCUUUGCAGUAUUUAGGAUUUGGAUUUAUAUUGACAUGUGUUGCUUGGGCAUGUCGUCUAUCAGUCAGAUCUUGUGACAAGGAAUGCGGUGAAGAUACAGAACGGUGAUUGUGUGUCACACACACACAUUUGCUCGUCGCACUUAAUUAUGUAUCUCGAGACAGCUUAUGUCGUUUCGAAUACAGCUCUGCCUGGAAUUGCUACGUUUGUGUGCCGAUAGAAAGCAAGUCUUGGAACACCGAUUCAACAUUUCUCAUAGGCAAAAUUUUGCUGAAUAUCCCUAGCGCUCUACUCAUGAGCGAGUAGCUUGCGUAAUGAGUUUAAACAAGUAUACAGGCCCUGGGCAGAUUCCUAAAGGGAUUACUAUGGAAUUUUCAGAUGUUUUCUUUCGAAUUGGGGCAAACCGAUUUGAACGUAGCGUUAAUGUUUUUUUUGUUAAAGCAUUUGUAAUCGUAUUCAUAUUUAUAUUGCCAAACAGGCGCACUGUUGCAGAAGUAAACGCCUGUACACUUGUUUCCGUUAUUGACCUGAUGAGGCGAAUCGUACGUGUGACACUAGCUGAGUUAGGAGCAAACGCACUACAUUACAUUGAUGUCUAUAAACCAGGCCACGAAUGCCUGUCGUUACGGAACCAGGUGAUUUGAUAGAUAAUCUCACUAAGGGAAGAAAAGGGAGUGGUUAAAAGAAAGGGUCGUUCGUCCAAGCACGCGUAUAUCAAUGUGCACAGCAGCAUGUGCGUGCACGUCUGCCUGCCUUCUGUGCACCAGGCUGUGAUAGAAUCACGAAAACAGAGAGUGUCGUAGGCAGGGUCUGACUGCUGCUACGGUGUCUGUCAUGUGCACUGGAUGCAUGCGUCGUCGUCCCUCUUCUGGUUGAAUGCCUUUGUUCAAUAGAGGGCGCUUUUCACGGUCCCGACUCUGCGGGCUCAAUGCUGGCCACUACUAUGUGUCCAGUUUUCGUGUUUGUAAUUAUUUACCUUUUUUGAAAUUUGGCUAAAGCUGUUGUAAUGGGUAUUUUGCCAAUGAUUGUGCUAUGGUACACAGCGCCGAUCCAUGGCUUUAUUUUACAUAUGUACACAUAAUUACAUAGUUUGACUUGUGCGGCCGUGCCCUAUUUCACCUACUACUACAAUAUGUGUGCUAGUUCCCAUUUAGAAAUUAAAUUGUGUGAAUUGUACAUAAUAUAAUUUUUUUGUAAAACAUGUAAAUAUUGUUGACUGUUGCAGUAGCUUAUACAUAAUACAUACUUUAGUCAAAAGAACAGCCAAAAGGUUUUCGGCAAACAUUUGUGCUACGUGUUACGCAUUUCCGCCUUUUCACUAAACAUACAUGCCGUUGGGCCGCGCUGGCCAUGCCGCGGGUGACAGCCGACUGCUUCACUUGUCUGCUUUAUGUUCAUCUUGAUCGUGGUGCAGCGGUGGACCAGCACGUCGGUAAUUCUCGCGCGUCGAAGCUUGUCGACAACACCUGCAUAUUUAAUCGGCCGACUAGCGUCGCUGACGGGAGAAGUGAAGUCAAACUCAGUGCGUGUUACUCGAUGGUGGUGAGUGGCCCCUGCUGUGAGAGUCGGCGGUGAUGUCCCCGCGUGGGGUUGUCGCUCGCUUCUCCCGUGCAGCAGGUUUCGUGCGGCAGCAAGGUAUCGGCUCCCUCUGUAAUGCGCCGCUGUUGUGAAUCAAUACCCGUACAGCAUGGUCGUGGUGCGAGAGAUCACCUGGGGUGUAGUUGGGAAGGCAAGCGGCUUUGACACCAGGUGACGCACGCACGCGCCAGGAAAAGGGAAUCCCCGGAUGGGAAGAGGAACGUCGGUCGUUGUGUCUAAUUUAUUGGCACGACGAAAUUUUGGCGUCAAGACGGGGAGUCACCGGCCGUAGAAAGCGUGUGUGCAUGUAUCGGGUGUUGGAUCUGUGAUGGCAGUCGCUAUAGUGUAAAUCGAUUUCGGUGAAGUUUGUGAUGGGUGAUGGUGGCUGAGCUUUUCGUAUUUUGUGGCAAGCCGGUUCCGUGUUAUUACCGAUUCCCCAUAUUUUAUCCCUUUGAAUGUUAGAACGAAGUAUGAUCUCUGUUUAGCAACGUACUGGGAAUGUGCUUCUUGGCCAUGUUGUUGAGCAGGGAUGCCGGCUGAUUGCUCGUUGACUGUCUCACCCUGAAGAUGACGAAUACUAUAGCUAGGUAUAAUUGCGAAUUGAACAGUCGAUGCAGUUACCAUCAGUACGGUUCUAGGUGAUGCUGUCUAUACGUGUAACGUUGCACACGUAUACGGCUUAUCUAAUCAUGCCAGAGCUACGUUUUACUACACAGUAUGAAGUACAGCACUGUAUGUUGUAUUACCUAUUGGAAAGCAGACUAUUUAUGCGGAAUGUGGAAAGUAUAGAUAAUUGUGAGCCCGUCGGAUAGAUGUGUCUACCAUUCACUGCUUUCGGUGGUUUAAUAACUUAUCCAUGGCACACUGUGUGUACGUACAUUCACUGGUGCGAAUUGUGCACGGUGCUCUCCUCGCACUAUUCUUCUUAAUAUAUUGCCAUAGUGUGGUCUCUAUGUGUGCCAUACGUGUACCGUGCGUGAGUGAAGUUGUAGAGUGCAUUUUACGGUCAGUAGUGUGGUGUAGCACUAUAGCACUGGAAAUAUUGGAAAUGCGUUUGAAGAAAAAUAAAUUAUGUUUAACAGCCAUGCA